AUGGCAUCUCCUGAUAUUACUCUUCAUACUUACACAACUCCCAACGGAGUAAAAAUUAGCAUUGCUCUUGAAGAAUUAGGACUUCCUUAUAAAGUGAAUUUUAUUUCUUUUGAAAAAGGAGAACAAAAGAGCCCCGAGUUUUUGAAAAUCAAUCCAGUAGGAAAAGUUCCUGCUCUCACGGAUCAUGAUUUUAAUGUAUUUGAAAGUGGCGCUAUUUUGAUUUAUCUUGGUGAAAAUUAUGAUCCUGAAGAGAAAUUAUUGCCAAAGGAUCCCAAGUUAAAAAGUCAAGUUAUACAAUGG